GUUCUCAUGCAAGGAAGGACCAGAACCGAAAAAAUUCAGGCAGUUCAAAGCUUGGCUCUGCUUCUAGUAAACCUGAAAGAAGUUUUAGCAAGGACAUCUGGUUUGCAGCUUGUGAGAACUUUAAUGAAGUCCCCUAGUUUUAAGCCGGUAAGAGCUUCGGCGAAAAAAACUUCCAGGGUUGCUCUUUGUGCAGAUGCGAAUGUUCAGAGAGCAACUUGUUCUUCAACACUGAAGGAUGCAAAGUUUCCUGACUAUCUGACGAUUAGUCCUGGGGGAACCGAAGCUGAGGGAACUUCAAUCAUGAAGGUUUGCCCGUAUACGUACUGUUCUCUUAAUGGCCAUCAUCGUUCGCCUGUGCCCCCAUUGAAGAGUUUCUUGUCUGCAAGAAGACGUUCGUUGAAGACCCAGAAGAUGAUGAAAUUGCAAGCUCUGAGUCCACGCGGAGCAAAGCGAUGUAAUGAUGGAAUAAAAGAAAUUCAUUUGCAGAAAAUGUUGUUUGAUGAGGAUGAAAAAAUUGCAGAGAAAGAAGCUGCUUUGGAUUUCUUUGUUGAAUUCUAUGCUACAAACGAGGAAGAUGGCACCGAGGCAAUUGGAAGGAAAGCAGGAGUUGAUUUUGUAGGAGAACAAGAAGUUUACGAGGGUCCUGCGUUUCCAAAUGAUGCAAGUGAUGAAGCAGAAACAGAAAAUUAUGCCAACAACCUAGUUGUGGAGAACCCGUCGGAUAGAUCACCGCAUUCGGAGAGUGAAUCUGAGGCAGAAAGCUUCGAAGAAUUUCCUGAAGAAGACCAAAAAGAAGAUGCAGAUGAAGACUACGGAGCACUGUCAGAUCAAGAAGACAAUUCCACUGGAAGCUGCUUGAAAGAGAGCGACUCUGAAGACCUUUCAAGCACUGAAAUGGAUUAUUCCAGUUCUGAAAGUAUUGACAUGGAGUGGGAGGAAGGGCAAUUUGCCACUACAGUGCUUGGUGAUUAUGAAUCUGUUCCAAAUGCCGGGUGUUCAACAAAAAUUCAAGACACUGAUAAGCAAGAAGAAUCGCUGUUCAACUCCGACGCAAUGAAAGGUAACAGCGAUAAUAUGAUUCCGGAUUAUUAUGUAUUAUUGAAGAAUGAUGGUGACGUAAGUGAACAGGAUGUCAUUAAACAGAAUUUUGAGAUUCAAGAGUCUGGGAAUGAGUAUGAAAGAUGGAGUUACGACCAACUUUCUUACACUGACGAUGCAUUCAAAGGAGGCAGUGAACUAUCGGAUACAGAUUGCAUAGAAAUAUCUUCAGCAGAGGAGCCAACUGAGAAACUAACAGGAACUGAUGAGGAAAUUCAACAACAAAAUGAAUGUUUUGAAGCAGAGGAUCAUGAGAUCGGCUCUCACCUUGGAGAUGUUGAAAGCAACUACACCAGUGUGGAGACAGAUGAAGAUGCUGUCAAGGUUGACAAUUAUGAUAAUGGCAAGAAGACUGAGCCUUACCAGCAAAAUGACAUUGCUGAAGAUGGUAACCUGUCCAAAGGGAAGUACAUGAAGAUUUCAAGUUCCAAUGAAUCUGAGGAUCAAAGCGAUUUAAGGCUGAAAAAAUCAGAUAUCUUCGGUAACAACACAGGAGAACCUGAUAACAUGGAAGUGGAAAACAAUUCAGAGCCAGAAGCCACAAAAAAUUUCAACACGGCCAAUAAUAGCAUUAGCCCUGGGAUGAAGAGAAAAUUUUCUGAUGCAGCAAGCAACUUCGACCAAGAACUUCCCAACACCUACAACUACUGGAAAAGAAUCAAAUGCAAGAAACUCAACAUGGAUGGGGAGGAGCAAAGGAAGUUCAAUCCAAGAGAACCGAAUUACCUGCCUUUGGUUCCUGACCCCGAACCAGAAAAGGUUGACCUCAGGCAUCAGAUUGUCGACAACAAGAAAAAUACAGAUGAAUGGAUGCUUGACUACGCACUCCAGCAAGCUGUCACAAAACUUGCUCCUGCAAGGAAGAAGAAGGUGGCACUGCUUGUUGCAGCCUUCGAAACGGUCAAGCCAGCGCCCAAAGUGGGAAAAACAUCAACAGGCUUCAGUCACGCAAGACCUAUGCAAGCUUGUAGCUGAUGAUAGUUACUGAGGUGAAAAGACUGCAACAUCUAUAAGCUACUGAAGCAAAGGCACAAGAAUAUAGGAGAACUACAGUUCCAGCAGAACACAACUCACCGUUCUCGGAUCCUUUCAGAAUUUCUGGAGAGGAAGGAGACAGCUUCAUGCAGUGACGAUUCGAGAGUGGUUCUCCUACAGCUCCAUGCUAGUGUACUUUGAUUAACAAUAUAUGUAAUGACAGUUCAAUGUUUUAUGGUGUGAUUUGCUACCAUUUCAUCCUCUACUGUUGCACGAGGCACUGGCCUCCACAACAAUAUAUAUGGUUGUUUGCUUUA